AUGAACUAUAGUAACUAUAAAAAAUGGCUUCAGGAUAAACUGAUUCCCAACCUACCACCAAAUAGUGUUUUGGUUAUAGACAAUGCUCCAUACCAUAAUGUUCAGAUAGACAAAGCGUCGCUGGAAAGACAAAGAGGCGUAGCUCCAAUUCAGAUGUUUUACAGAAGAUGCGAUAUACAAUCGUUUGUCCUUUUAGCACUAAUUUAUGUUAGGAAUGACAAAAAAGUGGUGUCAUUACUUCAAGUACCGCACAAGUUAGCCCCUCUGUUAAAAAAGUUAGGAACUUCGAAAGAAAUACAAAACGAUCUACUGGAUUGUAUUCUUGAAGUUUCCCUUGAAGAAAUAAUAAAACAGUUUAACAGAGCCUCGUAUUUGGCGAUAAUAGCAGAUGAAACAACGGACAUUUCGGGAAAAACCCAACUGGUAACAAUUUUCAGAUACGUAUUUAACGGCGAACCAGUAGAACGUUUUUGGAAUUAUAUGAAUCCCGAGAAAUGUGACGCCGAUACUCUCACAAGACAUAUUUUGAGCGUCGUAGAUCCAUUAAUAGGAAAUUUCCCUAACAAACUGAUUUCACAAAGCUAUGAUGGAGCCGCGGUAAUCAGCGGACAUAAUGCUGGAGUACAGGCAAAAAUUGAACAAAGAUAUCCAUUUGCUUACUAUGUGCAUUGCCAUGCGCAUCAGUUAAACCUAACUAUGUCCUAA